AUGUCUGAUGAUAUUCUAGAAUGUGCAAGAUGGGUUGUUCAAGUGUCUGACCUGCGGCAAGGACUUCAAGCAGAAAUCCACCCUGCUCCAGCACGAGCGGAUCCACACCGACAGCCGGCCGUAUGGGUGUCCCGAGUGCGGCAAGAGGUUCCGGCAGCAGAGCCACCUGACGCAGCACCUGCGCAUCCACGCCAACGAGAAGCCGUACGCAUGCGUGUACUGCGAGCGCACCUUCAGGCAGCGCGCCAUCUUGAACCAGCACCUGCGCAUCCAUUCGGAUCAAAAGCUCUUGAAAUCCAUAGUAAACAUCUAGGACCUUACAAAACCAAAGUUGAUGAUGGCAGAUCAAAGACGAAACGUAUAUUAGAAAAGCUGAUAGAACCAUCUUGUACAACAGAAAAAGUAGCAAUGAGGAUGUACGUCAGUCCGCAUCUGGUCUUCAAGAACGGCAUCAACCCGACCCUCUGGCCUCAGGACGUCCCUUUCCCGCCGGACGAGGGCAAAGAGGAGGUCCAAUCGACCUACGGCGACAACGACGCCGACAGAGCCGCCUGCUUCUCGCCCAACGGCCUGGCAGGCAACCUGCAAUACCCCGCCUACUUCAAGGACCCCAAAGGCAUGAACCACGCGGUAUUCGGCGCUGCCACCCAAUUCGGCGCUCUGCAGUACCUCAAGCAGCAGCAGCAGCCAGAACAUCGUGGGAACCAUAUCGACGAUUUGUUGGAAGCAACCUCAUGUCCAGUACACAGCUUCGCGGAUGAUAGUACCCUCCAUACCGCCUUCUCUUUCAGGGCUCCAAUACCAGGCAGGCAAAUCAGAAACGAACGAGGGAGAAAUGUUGACAACAUAAAUAUGGACUUGGCAUCUCGAAUGGGGAUCCAAUAA